AUGUGUAAAAAGACAUUAACCCUCCAAGCUAUUACUAAUGGAUUCAAUACAUCAAAGUUCGCAUUAUACCAAGAAUUAACAAAUUUGAGAGAGCUCCAAAUACUAGACUUGAGUUGGAAUUAUUUCUCCGGUGACAUACAAGGAAUUUGUUUAUUGAAGAAUCUUCGCGAGUUGCAUCUUGGGAGUAAUCAAUUAUCCGGAGAAUUUCCCUCGUGUAUCCAAAACAUGUCCUCUUUGCAAACUCUUGAUCUGUCAAGGAAUCAAUUUAGUGGAAAGGUCCCAAAGUUUCUCUCAACCCUUAGGUACUUGGAGUACUUGGACCUCUCUGAUAACUUUUUCAAAACUUCAUGUGUUACGACUCUCUGGAAACAACUUAGAAGAGGUCUUCACUUGCCUCAAUCCACUAAUUUGUCAUUGGCGUUUUUAGAUAUUUCCAGCAACAAUUUCAAUGAUAAGCUGCCUGAAAAUCUAGGCAAGGUGUACCCCAAUAUCGAGCAUUUGAACUUCUCAGGAAAUAAUUUUGAAGAAGAUAUUCCAAGUUCAAUAAUUCGGAUGCAGUGGAUAAUCAGCAUGGAUUUAUCAAACAAUAACUUCUUUGGGAAAUUACCAAGAAGAAUGCUUAGUAAUUAUAUGUCGUUGGAGAAACUGGAUCUAUCAAACAACAAUUUAGAAGGGGAUAUAAUACCAGAGAACAUGAACCUUGCAUUAUUAGGUUGGUUGAAAGCAAGCAAUAAUAGUUUUGGGGGGAUUCAGAGUACUUUUGGAGACACCUCAGGCGGUGCGGUUUUCGGAGAUUACGGAGAUAUCAACAAAAAAAUAGAGUCAAUUGAUUAUUCUACUAUUCCCAAUGAAGUAGAAUUUAUGGCUAAGAACUAG